GCGGCCGAGACGUGCCCACGAGCCAAGCCGUCUAUGGCUUAGACGUCGUCGUCGUCGCCGCCGCCGUCGUCGUCGCCGUCGCCGUCGUCGUCGUCGUCGUCGUCGUCGCCGCCGCCGUCGUCGUCGUCGCCGUCGUCGUUGCCGCUGCCGUUAUUGUGGCCGUCGCCGUCGUCGUCGUCGUCGCCGUCGCCGUCGUCGUCGUCGUCGUCGUCGCCGUCGUCGCCGUCGUCACAUUUUCAAUUAUCGUCAAAAUCCGACGAUUCUCUCACGAAAUCUGCGUACGUCUGUAAUCGCCGUCCUGUCUGUCGGUGAAGAAGCGUAUUCACCGUCUCGAGAUCACGCGUACUACUCACAUAUACCCCACUCCUUUAAUUUCUCGUCUCGUGUAUGUGCUUAUUACGAGGAUUCCCGUUUGGUGCGACGAGUCGGCGUUGUGUGUGGUGCGUGCGUGCGUGAGAGUGCGUGCGUGCGUGCGUGCGUGCAUGGCUUGUGUAUCGUGAAGCUUAUAAGCAAAUCGUCAACGUUCCGACAGUAAAGGAAAAAAAGAAAAAAGAAAAGAGAAAAAGAAAGGAAAAAGAGGAAAGAAAGAGGCCGACGAGAAAGAGAAAGUGCCAAACGCGAUGUGCAAGCGCAACCGCUCGAAUCGUCGCUCGGGCUCGAGUUGACCCUUCAAAGGAUGGACCUCCUCUUCCUCCAGUUUGAUCGAAGAAACGCAUCGCCGUCGUGGCAUUGGUAAACACGACCUCUACCGUUUACAAAAACAAUUUCUAGUCUGCGCAGCUCUCAGUCUGUCAGGAUUCUAUAUACUGCCUACCUAUUCCAACCCCCUUCUAUUGAUGCUGCGUCAGUCCUGGCCAGGAAGCUGCCAUAGCUCAGUUUACUGCGAGCAGUGCUAUCGAUGAUAUCAUAUGAAGGAUAGAACAAGCAUUUUAUUAGACAACAAUUUAUAAUAGAUCUUAUACCAAACUUAUAACGGAUCCUAUUAAGCUUGUGUAUAUUUCAAGCCUGCCUACAGAGGGUAGCCGACAAAAUGAUGGUGCGCAGUCCAAUAGAGGGGUAUGCGGAGUGGUGGUUCUUGAUGCGCAGACUGCUAGAAGGUAGACUAUGGGCAUAUAUACAGGAGCUUUCCUCCCAUACUUCUUUAGGACAGAAAAUCUUGGUGGGAUAUAGAAUUUGUAUGACUCACCACAGAGCUCAAUCGAUCCACUAACCAUGUCCCAGGCUCUGGUUCUUUGUUUAUUUGGAAUAAUCAUGUCCACUAAGAGACGCCGUGGGCCACAAUUAAUCUUAGAUAAUAAAAUAGUACGUGAUGGCUACAACAGAUAGGAUGAGUGGAUCUCGGCAAAACGAAUCACGUUGCUUCAAUGAAAACUCUCCAAGGCCACCAGUGCCUGGGGAGGAAACAGGAGGCCAUGUAAGUAGGUUCCGUCCACAGAGUCCAGCUCUGACCCCUAGACGUUCUUCUUUAGCAACACCAACAGCAUUGGGUUCUUGCGAUGCUUCUGCACCAUUGGGUUUUGAGCCAGAAGGUUGCUGCGGAACCACCACUAUGGAGUGUGACUCGUCUCCUCCUUGUUUACGGUGGGCCAGGAACCUGCAUUCCUUACUGCAGGAUUCGGUUGGUCUGGAACUGUUUAGAAAGUACCUGGAUCAAGAAGGCAAACCACAUGCGAAUCCGCUUAAUUUUUGGUUUGCCUGUGAAGGCCUCAAAGAACAAAGCGAUCCAGAUAGAAUUAACCAGUUGGUUAAGCUUAUUUACAGAAAAUUUUUUCUCAAGUCUCAGCUAGCCAUACCAGAAGAUGUAAGAAAAGAGGCUAAUCGUCGUGUAAAAGAAGGCAGAGUAGAUGAGAAAGUUUUUGAUGCUGUACAAUUAGAAGUGGAACGUCUCAUCAAUGAGACUACGUAUCCAAACUUCCUUCGAUCAGAAAUGUAUCUUCAAUAUGUACAGUCUUGCCAAAAUCCAGACUCUGGUGGAUGCCCAAGCUCUGGUUCUAGUCGAGAAAUGUCUGUUUCCUGUGGACCAAGCUUGCUACCUACUGUACACGAGGACAGUGAAUUUGUUACCUCUGUACACAGCUCGCAUUCAGCGAGCGAGACGCCUGGAGAAUUGAGAAGCGAGCUAAGGCUAACCAAAGAUGUGUUGAUAGCUACUCAACAGACUAGAGCAAUGGAUGUGCGGCCUAAGCCAGAAGCGUGUGCUGGCAUUUAUUUGCAACAUGGAGCUAGUCCGUAUCAUAUGCUCGUACCCAGACUGCACACACAAUACUCUUCCUACAACCCAGUGUCCAGACAAGAUUCAGAACUCCAAAGCUUAAGCAGUGAUGCACGAACUGAAUCAGACAAUAUAUCUAUCACCGAUUCAUCUGUCGAUGGAAUGUCGAUGGGCAGACAACGUAGUAAAAAACAAUAUUCAAGACAAUCUAGAGGAAUGAAGGAAUUAGCCAAUUUAAAUCGCGAUCCAAUGGCACAUCAUGUCAUCAUACCUCGAACACAACGGGUACCACGAGAUCUCACGCAACCUUUGAAGCCAGAAGAGUUUGCGCAGGUUCUUAUAGAAAGAUUAGAAAGCGUCAAACGAGAGAGAGAAACACAAGAAAAACUUGAUCGUCAUCUACAAGAAAGCGAAUUACUUAGUAUAGAUACUUCCACGGAAGCCUUACCUAGUAAUAGUGCUCCUAAAGCACUUGCUGAUGCUCUAAGAGAAAAAUUAUCAACAGACGAAGAUAGUGAUCAGGCGAUUUUAGAUCAGCACGUGUCAAGAGUUUGGUCGGAUUUAACACCUUCCAGAUCUCCUGGUCUUUUAUCACCUAGAACGCAUUCACCUGAAAGAAGGCGUCCCAUGCAUAGUUACCCAAGAUCGUACAAACAAAGGAAAGAAAAGGACGUAUUUUCUACUUUCUCAGCAGACAGUGGGAAUAUUCACGACUUUCCAGAAGGUAGUGAGCUUGUUCAUGAAUUUGGUUACUUUCCUAAAUCAAAAUCCGUUCCAUCCGAUUAUGCAGAUUCCCUCCAUAAACAGGAUCUUUAUCUUCAAGCUCAUGAUCAAAGAUUUAGAAGAUUAGAUAUGACAAGAAGAUCCUCUACAAAGAAAUCAAUGACAGAGUUAACGGACAGUGGUGUGAGCGUUGUAAGCGAUGUUCCACCGUUGAAUGUGUGCAAAGAUACUCGUCUAUUAUCGUGGUUGAAGGAGACAGAUAAGAAAGCGGAUAUUAAGCAUAGCCGGCAUGGCAAAAAAUACGGAUCUAGAAGUGGUUCCUUGGAACGAACAAGUAGGGAAAGUUGGGGUGUACCUGCGCAACCAUUUGUUGCGGAUCCUGGAAUGCCUCCCCUACCACAACCACAUACGGCAACUCAGUUAGAAGAAGCUCGAAGAAGGUUGUUAGCGGAGGAAGAAAGGGUACGCGGUUGUUGCAAACAACGACAUGCAAGUACAUCAAAACAAGCACAUGAUCCUACUGUACAGAGCCAGUGUUGCAAUCAAUCGAAUCAAUCUACGUUAAAAAAGACUAGACAAGAUGCUGGAGAUUUCACCACCGUUGUGUUCAGUUUCUGUGACGAGCAAUUCCCUUAUCGAACCAAAAUUCCUGGUCGUAACGUCACGCUAAAACAGUUUAAGGAAUACCUUCCGAAAAAGGGCAGUUAUCGAUAUUUCUUUAAAACCGAGUGCGAAGACUUAGACGUAAAAGUUAUACAGGAAGAAAUAACAGAUGAUUCUGAGAUUCUGCCAUUGUGGGAAGGCAAAGUGAUGGCACAAGUUAAGACGCUUGAGUGAUAGACUGAUAAAGCAUAUGUUGAGCAAAGAUUGUCUUAACCCAUCGGCUUACCUAAUCGUCAGAUUGACGGGGUCACCUUCGUGUGCCUUGAAUUAACCUAGUCGUAGAUUUGAGGAAUUUAUUUGCGACGAUAAGGCCAUAUCCGAUGGUCUAUAUAAGCUACUAUCACUAUUUUUGCAUUUAAGAAUUCUUUAUCCGCUGCUUCUUUAAUUUAGAAAUAUUGUAUAUUAUAUAAAAAUCAGUUUAUGUACUGUAGAAAAAAAGAAAAAAAAAAAAAGAAUAGAAACCGGCUUCCUAUCUUGUCGCUUGAUAGCCAUUGUCUUGUGGCUAAACAGUAUCGAUAUUUUUUUUUCUUGUUUUAAUUUUCGAUUCCUCUUUUAAGCUUACGCCAUAUACGUGUAUAGUUUGGACAGAAUGAGGGAGAGAGAGAGAGAGAGAGAGAGAGAGAGAGAGAGAGAGAGAGAGAGAGAGAAAGAGAGAAAUACCGUUCCCGAAAUAUAUCUUUUCCUACUUCCAAUGGCCUAUAAAAUUGUGUUCGCAUAAUUGUCAUUGAUAUAAAGUAUAGGUUUUUCGAUGAAAGAAUUAGAAAAAUAAUUCAUUAGAUAUUUUAUUAUUAUCAUUCUCGCAUCGUCAUCCGAAUCUCCGAAUUUUCUCACUCCUAAUAAUAAUUGUAUUUAUCUAAGAAGGAUAUAAUUUUUACACGAAAUGAGCGUCUUCCACGAAAUAUUGCUAAUGACUCUCUUUUAUGACAAUGUUUUUUUAUUGCAAAUCUAAAGAAAUAAGAGAAAAAAGAACUUCCUAAUUGCACGGCCUGUCAUAUACUUAAUAAUUUUACGCAAAGAACGAAGAAGAAAAAAAAAGAAAAAGAAAAAAAAAAUAACAAAAGAAGUAUUUUUAUUCUGCCUAUUAUAUUCGUCGUAUAUUAUACAUGAUGUAUUUAUUGUAUUAAAGAAGAGAUUUUUCUUCCUUUUUUCUUUUAUUUUUUUUUAUUUUUUAUUUUUUUUUUUUUUUUUAUUUUUUUUUUAAAGAGUUUCAACGAAUUAAAAUACUAUGGCAAUUACUUCGACGUAAACAUGUGUUUACGGUAUACUUUUAUUAGUAUUCAAACAUUUGUUCAAUUCGAAUCCUUUAGGGCUUCGCUGUUCUUCCUGUAUAUAUAUAUAUAUACUUAUAUAUAUAUGUAUAUAUAUAUAUACUUAUAUAUAUAUAUAUAUAUAUAUGUGUAUAUAAAUUUAAUUUGUAUCAAAGUAUUUCUUCCUCUUUUUUUUUAUUUUUUUUUUUUUUUUUUUUUUUUUUAUUUUCUUAUUUCUAUAUGAAAAGAAAACAAAUUUGUUUUUAUAAUCGUAUUCACGAUUUCGUGAGGUACGUUAUAAGUAUUAAAUAAAAUAAAUGAAUAAUUAUUAUCUUUUAAAAUGUAUGAAAUUUUUAAAAGUGAUGGUAGCUAAAACACAAAGUUCUUGUUAAAUGAAUAUAUAUAUAUAUAUAUGUAUACUUAAUUUCAAUGACUCGGCACCAGAGAGAACGACGGGGAUGAUUUCGUUGCGUUAACGAUUUGAUAAGCCGAUGGAUUAAUCGUAGUACAAUAACUAUGGUAGUCAUAAGUUAAGUGCCUUAAUAUAUGUCAUUAAUCAUGCUGUAAUUUCAGAGGUUGGAAUAUAAAAUUGUCUUAAGGGGAAACAGUAGUGCCUAAUGUUUUCGAGUUGGAUAGCUCAUAAAUGAUAUGAAAUCAUAAUUUUUUAUUCCUAACUUAAUUUUGAAUAAAUUUUUAUUUUUAUUUUUA